AGAGAGAGAGAGAAAGAAAGAAAGAAAGAAAGAAAGACAGAAAGAAAGAAAGAAAGAAAGAAAGAAAAGAGAGAAUAAGUACAAUGAAAAAUCAGCAAGGGCCUUAGGGAUGGAAAAGACUGCCAUUGCAGAAAAAACUAAUGGAAAAAGAGAAAGAAUGAAAGGGGGGGAUGAGAGAGAGAGAGAGAGAACACGAAAGAGAGAAAAGAAAGGGCCAGAGAGAACGAAGAGAGAGCGAGAGUGGGUGUGACGCCAAGUGAAAGAGAAAGGGGGUGUGUCCGCCUCCGUCUGUCCCCUCCCUCUGUAGGUAUAGAUGCUACAGGCUGGUCUCCCUGCAUCCCAGAGCACAGCACAGAGCCCCAGAGCAUCAAGCCCUUCAGCCUCAGACACAGCCUCAGCCAGAGCCUGUCCAGUGUGCUGCACUAGUCCUGAGACCCACCAGCUCAGUGAAGUAGUCCAGCCACCAGAGUCAGCAUAACUCACACAGAACUAGGAAAAUUACUUUACUAUCCUAGUUCUACUAUCCUAGUUCUACUAUCCUAGUUCUAAUGUUCUAGUUCUACUGUUCUAGUCAUGUACAAGGCUCAGUCUGUGAACUAGUCCAGGGCUGGUUGAUAUUUACUCUGUGAAGGUUCUCCAGUACUGUAGUCCAGUAGCUCACCUUAGUCCUCCUCUUAGUCCUGGACUGAGAUUAUUAAGUCUUCAGUCAACUGCAUCUAGUGAGAGCCACCAGCCAGUCCUUUGUACCUGAGACCGCUUCAGAUCACCUACCACCAUGCAGCUCUCACACACCUUCCUCGUCUUCCUCUUCCUCCUUUUCAUCGUUGGGAUUGCGCUGGCCGGCUCGUCCACGGCUCGGAGAAGCAGAGUGAGACGUCAGAACAUGAAGGUGAGGAUCAACGCUACAGGCGACACCAUCGUGAUGAAGUUUGUACGUCCGAACGCUGACACCAAGCUGGAGGGCUACAUCCUGGGCUACGGCAGCAGCAUGUUCUCUAAACAGUUUAUCCAACUCCCAGAGAACGGACUGCCCUACGAGACAGAGAUCGAUGCCGAGCCCAAGUACCUGAUCGCUGUCCAGCCCAUCCCAGUCAAUGAUGUGAAGAAACAGUGCACAGGCAACGUGAACCUGGAGAAACCCCUCCACCUGGUGAUUGGGUCCGUGACCCCCACCUCCGUGCUGCUGUCCUGGGGAACCCUCCUCAAGACGCCCUACGAGGGGAACAUCAUGAACGACUGCCUGGAGGACGGGAACUACACGGUGCGCUACCGUGAGAGGAACCGGAAGUGGACCUACCAGACGUGCCCCGCAAGCGACACGGUCAUUGACAGCCUUAAGCCCAACACGGCCUAUGAGUUUGGUGUCCGACCCAACAACAAGGAACGCAGUGGAGUAUGGAGCAAACCAGUCAUUCACAACACCAACAUGAGCGGGAAGGCCAUGCAGAAACCCUACAAACCAAGGACACCUCUGAAGCCUGUCAAAACGGUCAACAUGCCACGGGCCUUCUUCCCUCCUCGUCACGCUGUCCAUAACAGGAGCCAGGGCAGAACCCUCUUCAGGACCCCUGUAGCUCCAAGGACCACCUUCGGUACCAGCUUCCUGAGACCUUUGACCCCUACCGAGCCUCGCUCUCCUACACGCUCUGUCGUUGUCACGGCGGCCAGAAACACAACGUUGCCUCGCAGUCGCGUCUCUCUCUACUCCACCCCUAACGGCAUCAGACCUCUCUCUCUACCCAGGGACACCAACACCAACUCCUCCCUCACCUCCGACACACCAGGGGCCGACUGGGAGCACAAUAAGGGCCUUGCUCUUCCCAAACCUGCCGUCUGGUCCAGGAAGCGACUGGGCUCUCCUGCAGUUCUGCAACCCUUUCUUCCUGUCAACAAGAGGCCCAACCUGGUGGGGAAAUCAGGGGACAAGGAUAAGCUGAUGGACCUGAAGCAGGGAGACAAAGCGUCCAUCUUGAGGUCCUUCCCUCUAGUCACGGCUAAGCCCACCAAACAAAAGACCACAACCCUCACCCCGGCCUUGAAUGCCACGGGUGACAACUCCUCUGUGUUCAGCUCUCUCCCUACUUCGGAAGUGGACGCCAUGGGCAAGAAGCGCUUCGUAGCCCCUCAUGUGAUCUAUAAGACUGACAAGAAGCCAGACGAACCGUGUUCCAUAACAAAGUCCCUCAGCUUCUUCCCUGAGGAGGAGGGGGUGGAGCAGAACGUCACCGCACCCCCCCGCUUGCCCCCCUCCAACCUCACCGUGGUUACUGUAGAGGGAUGCCCCUCCUUCGUCAUCCUGGACUGGGAGAAGACCGACAACGACACCACAGAGUAUGAGGUAAUUUCAAGAACCCAUGGACCCAAUGGAGAAGAGGUGUCCAUCCUGACCACCAACCAGACUCACACUGCAGUGGAGAACCUAAAACCAGAGAACAGUUACGAGUUCAAAGUGAAACCCAAGAAUGAGCUUGGGGAAGGGCCUGCCAGCGAGCCAGUGUUGUUCAACACAGAGUCAGCGGACCCUCGGGUGAGUGAGAAUGUCUCAGGUAAAGAUGCUAUCUGGACACAGUUCCCCUUCAAAGCAGAUUCCUACUCGGAGUGUAAUGGGAAGCAGUAUGUGAAGAGGACCUGGUACCGCAAGUUUGUGGGCAUUCAGCUGUGCAACUCCCUUAGAUACAAGAUCUACAUGAGCGACUCGCUCACCGGCAGGUUCUACAACAUCGGGGACCAAACAGGUCAUGGGGAGGACCACUGCCAGUUUGUAGAUUCUUUCCUGGACGGACAAACAGGCAGCCAGCUAUUGGCCAACCAACUACCCAGCCGAUCAGGCUUCUACCGGGCUAUGCGUCAGGAACCGGUCAACUUUGGCGAGAUCGGAGGGAACUCGCACGCCACCUACGUUGGCUGGUACGAGUGCGGAACACCCAUACCUGGGAAAUGGUAAGACCCCUCCACCAGAGGGGUGGCCAGGAAGAUGCCUGACUGGAAGAAUGAUGAUCUCACCAGGGUGAGAGGAGGACUGAGGAGGUUUCAGUGGCCCUUGAGGUGGGCUUCUCCCUCUUGUUACCAUGGAGACUGCGUCAGUAUGUUACCAUGGAGAUGCAUCUGUCUGUCUGUCAGAUGGUGAUGGCCCACAUUCCAUUGUAUAAAAGUGUACAGGACCAUACCUUGUCAUGGAACUCUGAGUUCUUUUGUCAUAUCUCCUUAGGGGAUCUAUUCAAUCCGCAUACCGGAAGUUCAGCUUUACAGUGUGAUUGAAUAUUUAAAGGCAACGUUCCUGCUUUAGCAGAGACUGCUUUUACGAUAAACCCUGCUUAUGUCGGCCAAUAUCCGAAAUGACCUUUAAAUUUCCAUCACGAAAUCUGUUACUCUUCAGCUUUACAGACUGAACCGAGCCCUAAGUCUCAUCUCACUAUUUAUCAAACAGGACAUGAGGCAGUCCUCAAAGCCUGUAAAAACGGGAGAGAAGUUAAUAAAGGUGUGUCAGAGUGCUUCAAGAGGUUACAUAUGAACGCAGGAAACUGUUGGGAAGCUGGCUCCCUGAAAAUGUACUGACGUGUAUGAUGUUAUUUAUCAAGCAGUUGUUAUUCAAUGUUCCUUGUGGUUUAUAUUAGCCAGUCUGCUAAAAGGGUUCCUAUAACACAAAAGCCUCUGCAAAAAAGAAGAAAGCAUUACACACGCACACACACACUAAAUUCGUCACUCCUACACACAUACUCAAUACCCUUUCUUGAUUGGUCCUGUAGGAUUGACAGUUGCGGUUUGCACAAUAUGAAAUUAUUAUUUAUAUUUUACCACAGCAUUGUUGAAUACUUGUUUCUGAUAUGCUAGAAGGGCAUUCUAGAAUGGACAUAAAAAACAUAACUGGACGGCUAGAAAAGAUAUCAGGACGCAAUAUUCGCCUACACAUGUAGACCGUACUCGCUACAAAGUUACAGAAAGCUAAACAAUCCACCACACUAACGGAAAUUGGAUACAUUGUAAAUGCAGUUCCAACGAGGAAAAACAUAGCUAGCUAGCAUUGAUUUGUUUAUGGAGAGACAUAUAUUUUUGGAGCAUCUGAUGGUCUAACGUGGUGUGUAGGGCUGCUGAGGUGACUAUUAUCGCCACACCCGCAGUAAUGAGUCAUGACUGCAGUAAAAUCCUAGGUGACCUUUGAGUCACAGUAUUCUCCUCUUAUGCACUCUGGACAUCUGUUAGUAGUACCCAACUCAUUUCUAAUGAUCAACAGGUCACUAAUGGCCUGGUGAUCAGGACUCUGUUGUCCCUCUAACCACUCUGACAUGAAUGCAAAUGAAAUCAAAAAUCACACUUAUCAUCAGAACAGCAUGAUGCUUUUAAAUCUCACCUCACUAUGAUGAUCAAACAGGUUGAAACUGAGUAGAAAACAUGGUCGUUGUGUACAAUGGGGCAAAAAAGUAUUUAGUCAGCCACCAAUUGUGCAAGUUCUCCCAAUUAAAAA